AUGAUGUUCAUACGCUUAACGUCGUGUUUCAACAGGUUGCUACCACCAAUGGAGAAACCGGGAUCUUCUAUAGGUCCGGAAAGUACCGCUGAACUUGAAGAUAGAGAUCCCAAUAAUUUGAAUCAUCACUUACAGGUACAAUGGGAUGAUGUAGUGGGUGAACCAGAUGGUGUCAGAAGCCCAGAAUGUGCUUGGAGAUUAAGUGGCCACUGUUUUCGUCUCUCUCGAGGGUGUUGCUAUAUCUUCCUAUCAAUUCUCAUAGCUCCUAUCCUCGCACUAUUUCUAGGAUUCACAUUCGCUUGUCUCUCCUUUCAACAUAUCUGGUGUAUAGCGCCUUGCCUAAGAGUCUGGAAAAUUUCAUGCGCAGCAACUAGAACCUUUUUUACUGCAUUUACACAUGCUAUUGUUCGUCCAUGUACCGAAUCACUUAGCUUUUUUUUCCAUAAUGUUCGUGUUUUCAAUCAACGACUACCUGACGGUCCUCAUCACAAAGAAGAUGCGUUGAUAGUUUAA